CUACAUGUAUACAUAUCUUUAACUGUUCUGAAGUCUAUUUCCCUCGGACCUCGCUCAAUAUGAAGUCGGAUAUCAUCUCUGGUGCGCUCCCGUCUAGUAAGAGCUCUAAUGCCAAUGGCCCUCGUCAGUUCACAUGUACCGAUCUUAAAGUCUCUCGUAAUGAGAAUGUUCCAUCAAGGAUAUGUCGUUUCUUCGCUCAGACCUGGGAAAUCAUCAGCCUCGCGCAUCUGAUCACCGAGAGUAAUAUCAAAGCAUACGUCCUUCCUAUCGUCCUUUUCGCCAUGUUAGGUGUUGCAUCUGGUGGUGUCACGACCAACCCAUCUCCCAGUUGGAACGAUCUCUCUGCUGCCCUCUCACAUGCUGGAUUCUAUGCCUGGCUUUACGUCUUUCACUUCGAUUGCAGCAACCAGAAAGAUCCUGAAUCCAUUCGAGAAGACAAACUCAAUAAGCCCUGGCGAGCCAUUCCAUCUGGUCGGCUGAGCAUCGAGAGCGCUCAACACUGGUACAUCGCAGCGACCUGUCUUUUGUUAUUAGCGACUGGCACCUGGUUAGGUGGCUUUCCUGAAGCACUCUUCUUUAUGGCCGAAACGUGGGUUUACGACUAUGCGAGUGGCGCCAGCUCAUGGUGGGGAAAGAACAUCAUCAAUGCCUUGUUCUACAUGACGGGCCAGCUGGGCGCGACGCGUGUGGCAGCGGAAGCAAUGGGUUCGACAACAAUGACCCGAGCUGGAUAUGAGUGGUGUCUUCUUCUUGGAAUCAACACAUUCACAACCGUACAAAUACAGGACCUGAGAGACCAGGAAGGCGACCGCGCCCGAGGAAGACGCACAGUGCCUCUCGUCAUCGGCGACUGGACAACCCGCUGGAUCACGACUCUGUUCAUCUCAUUUUGGUCUAUUGCCUGUCCGGCAUACUGGGGAAACUCGCGUUUUACCGCUGGUUAUGUGCCACCACUCUUAGUUGGAAGUUUCGUGGUAGCUCGAAUGCUGUCUUGUCGGUCAGCGAAAGCAGACCGCGCCACUUUCAAUUACUACACGUUGGCGUGGCUCCCUUCCUUAUAUGCGAUACCAAUACUCAGCAGGUAUGAACUACCGUUGUCCUUAUGGGUGUCCGGGGGUCUCCAGUAGAUGCAGUCCCCGCAUCAUAUUUGAGCUUGGAUAUGAGGGCAGGAAUUCCAUCUUCUAGACCCCUCUCUUUAGAUAUAUCAGACAGAUCGUGUAUUCCCUUAAUACUAUGUACACCCAGCUCUGAAGAG